AUCCCGCGAUUCCUUUCAUGGCACUGCCAUUUCAUUGACUCAGCAUCCUUCUUCAGAUAAUCUUGGCAAUGAAAGACCUACCCCUACCUUUGAUCCAACAAAGAGAAAUGAUUCUAAAAAACUUGCUGAGUUACCGAAACUCUACAAAGAUGUUUUGCCUGUGUGCCUAAACACCAMUGAAUAUGAUGUACCGGAAGUUCAUCAGCUAUCUCAACUAUCUCAAUCUGUCGACGCAAAUCCUGGCGAAAGAAACAUUUAAGAAGAAGAUUGGCUUGCCAACGCGAAGGAAAUCCUAUCGAAGGGCGAGUUGGGGGAAGAGGAUUUCAUAUCCUGGGCAGCAUACCGUGCCUCAAAGUCUUCACUUUCAAAUCACGAGCCAGCAAUCAUCUCACUAUUACCAAUGUUUAUGGAAAAUGCACAUUCCUUUGCGAUGAUUGUCCAUUCUAUGAGAGUCAUCAAAGAUGCUACACAAUUUCUCAACCCUAACCAGAUUCCAGUGCUUACUCUUGACCAGCCUCUGUUUGCUUUGGCCAAGCAAAUCCAGUGGACCCUUGGUGGUACAUAUAGCGAGGACAAUUUUGUCAUCAUGUUUGGUGCACUACACAUCGAAAUGGGAGUAUUCAAGAUGAUUGGAAAAUGGCUCGGUGGAAGUGGCUGGACUGAAGCUCUAUGCAAUGCAAAUGUAGCAACCCAGGGAGUGGCGGAGUCCUUCGUAAAGGCUAGCCAUUUAACGCGGACCCGGAGAGCGCACCAAGUAACAGCAGUAAGCCUUUAUGUGCUCAUGCAUAAUGCAUACAUCGACCACGCCAAAGAUGUUGAAGAACCCAAGCCGUUUUUAGAAUGGAAAGAGAGCAUGCUAGAAUGCCCGCAGUUUUUAUACUGGUCCACAUUUCUAGAUCUAGAACUCCUCUCUUUGAAAUUGGUCAGGUCAAUAAGAGAAGGUAACUUUUCMAUGUUCAUCAAGUCUAUGAAGGAGAUAAUACCAUGGAUGUUUGCUCUUGAUCACCCGAACUAUGCCAGAUGGCUAUCUGUGCAUUAUCGUGACAUGUGCACCCUACAAGCCAAACACCCAGAUGUCUACGCUAACUUUUGCAAUGGUUCUUUUGUGGUACAUAAGAGCAAAAGGCUGUUUUCGUCCAUAGCACUAGACCAUGCUCACGAGCAAGAGAAUGCCAAAGUCAAAGGAGAAGGAGGUGCCGUGGGUCUGACAGAAAACCCUGCAGCAUUGAGAAGAUGGAUGGURUCAGGUCCUGAAGUAGCAAGAAUGAUYGAGGAGUUUGAAGAUUUGGCAAAUCAARCUCAUGAUAUCCAACACCAUGAACAGCAACCCGGUGUGCAGAGUGCCUUCGCAAAAGAUGUCAAAAGUCUCAUUGCGUCCCUUGAAGAAAUGGGAAAUCCCUUUCUUGAAGAAGGGAAAGACCUCAUUGCAUUACACACAAGGGAUAUCAUGGAUUCAGCUGUUGUUGACGCAGUCAAGAGUGUUAAAAAGGUUGGAAAAGACCAAUUCAAUUUGUUCUUCCAAGAGCGGCUCGUCGAGAGAAAGAAGCCUAUUACUGACCCUAUACCAAGAAACAACUUCCAUAUUUUCUCACCCAUUGGCAAGAAAACCACAUCAAAAGAAGGCGCUAAAUUACAAGUGCUAAAAGAAGACUGCGCACUUUUUUCCAGGUUAUACAUCUCUUGUCAAAGCCGAGAUGGAAAUCUUGAAGAGUUCUUCAAGUUCGAAAAUCAGCCUUGGCCGCCAUCUCUCUCGCAAGUAGGGCAGCUAAGAACAGGACAAAAAGCAGAAUUGAUAAAGUGUUUGCCGAAACCGUCGCCUGAGGUUGCAGGACACCCAAGUGUAGAUGCAAUUAUUCUUGAUGGUGCAGUUAUUGUCCAAAUGUUGCCACCCAAAACCGCAAGCACAUUUGACGAUUACUUCAAUGCGGUAUUUGCACCCUAUAUUCUCAGACAGCUAGAGUCAGUGAAGCGACUUGACAUAGUAUGGGAUGUGUACCGAGAUGACUCUCUGAAAAGAUCUACUCGAGAGAAGAGAGGUUAUGGUCAACGUAGAAAGGUAUGUGCUGCAAAACCAUAA